UAGAACUAUAAAUUAAUGUGCAGUAUCAUUUUGCACCCUGUACUUGCAAAAAUGAUUGAUACGAUUGCAACAAUUCCCGAGUUCUACCGUGGAAAGUCCGUUUUCGUGACGGGCGCCUCGGGGUUCAUUGGGAAAGUGUUGGUAGAGAAGUUGCUCAGAAGUUGUCCCGAUAUAGGAAAGAUCUACAUCUUACUUCGACCGAAAAAAAACAAAACUUUGGAGGAUCGCAUGAAAAGCAUAACAGAUAAAAUCUUGUUUGAUAAGGUGAAAGAGUUGCACCCGGAGAAUAUGAAGAAACUGCAAUUCGUAGCAGGUGAUAUUUCUGAAAUAAAUUUAGGAUUAUCGCCUGAUAAUUACGAUUUACUUGUGAACAACGUCGAUGUCAUUUUCCAUGUUGCUGCUACUGUUAAGUUCCAGGCUCCUUUGAGUGAUUCUGCGUUAAUAAACAUUAGAGGUACGAGGGAAAUCUGCAAUCUGGCAUUGGCCAUGAAAAAGAAAACGAUUUUAUUAUACGUCUCCACUUCUUACUGCCAUCACGAAAAUCAAUGCAUAAAGGAAAAAACGUACGAACCAUACGGUGAUUGGAGGAAAACAAUCAAAAUUGCUGAAUCUAUGGAUAGGCACAUCCUGAACGUAAUCACCGCUAAAAUGAAAGGUGUGAAAGAAAAUACGUAUACUUUCACUAAAGCUCAGGCUGAGCAAGUCGUGCUUGAUCUUUGCGUCGGAAAAAUUCCUACCAUAAUCUUGAGGCCUGCAAUAGUGUUCAGUGUUGUCGAUGAUCCAAUUCCCGGUUAUAGCGAAGGUUUCACCGGACACAUUGGCAUUUUAGCUGGGACUAUCUCAGGUUUGCUGAAAUGCAUAAACAGCAGUUUAUCGUUCAGAUCGGAAGCGGUGCCAGUAGAUUAUAUUGUGAAAGGAUUGGUUAAUUCCGUUUGGAUGAAAGGAACUGGCCAAAGCGAAGAGCCGGUAAGCAUUUACAAUGGUAGCUGCAAGGAACUGCUAGAUAUUAACAAUGAAAUAUGUAUAACCGCCUCAAACAAUUCGUGCUUGAAAACCUGUACAGUCUACAACUGGUAUCCUCACAUAGUAAUAAUUAAAUCGCAAAUGUUAUAUUACCUGUACUCCAUGAUUUUCCAACUGUUGCCGAGUGUCAUCGGUGAUGUUUUCAUUAACCUGAAGAUAGGGAAACCUUUUUUGGUCAAAGUGCAGAGAAAUGUGUUUGCAAGCCAAAGUGUUCUUAAAUACUUCAGUAACAAUGAAUGGGAUAUACAAAAUAGUAAAUUUGUCGAUAUCAUAACGGAUGCUCCAAACGAUGAUAAUUUUAUUAUCAAACUGGACGAUCCAGAAUUUUAUGAAAAUUGUGCUCUAAAUACUUGCAAUUUCAUCAUACAGCAUUAUUUCAAUUUGAAAUUAACCGAAAAUCCAACGUCCUCCACUAAAUUAAUGAUAUUGAAAACUCUGUAUUACAUGGUCCACUUUGCCGUAUAUUCUAUUUUAGCAUACACAUUAUUUUCCGUUGUAUAUUAAAUAUAUUAUAUGUAAUCUUGUGUCAGUUUUAUGCAAGAAGUAUAAUAAAUCUCUUGCCAAUAAAAAGCUAACAAUGUAUUCAGUUUAUGUAAUUUUAAUUUUGAAAUAAAAUAAAAUAUAUCAAUUUAUAACGAAAA